CCGCUGCCAAGUUGGAGCCAUUUCUGCUGAUGGCAAAGUCCUUGAAGGGAGCUGCAGCAACAAAACUCAUCGAGGACGUCAUCACAGCGCCCGGCGUCUUUGUUUAUGCUGAGCUGAUGGAUCUUCCUGGUAUCAAAUCGCUCGCGGGGACGCAGUAUGAUUCCUACCUUGAGCUGCUUCAAAUAUUCUCGUACGGGACAUAUGGUGACUAUAAAGCCAAGCAUUCGUCUCUUCCAAAACUGAAUGAAAAUCAACUCAUCAAACUCAAACAAUUAUCCAUGGUCUCUCUUGCGAAUGAGACACGGAUUCUCCCCUACUCCCGCCUCCUUACCAUCCUCGAUUUACCCACAAUCCGUGCCCUAGAAGACUUGAUAAUAGACGCCAUAUACGCCGGCAUUGUGAGCGGGAAACUUGAUCAGAAGUUUUCGCAAUUUCAAGUUCACAGUACAAUGGGACGCGACCUUCGCCCAGGUCAACUUGAAGAGCUUCUUGGUGCAUUGCAGGAUUGGUCAAACCGCACGAAAGAAGUCCUUGAUAGCCUUGACAGCGCGAUCGCUGAGGCUGUAGCAAACGCAGCUCAAAAGACGGAGAACCAGAAAGAAUGGGAGACGGUUCGACAAGCCACCGUCACAGAACUUGUCACAGCCAAAACAGGAAUACCGAAAGGCAGGAGGGAAGAGGCGAUGGAUGUGGAUAUUGUACCCAGUGCGUCCUCUUCAGGUGUACAUUCUCGACGAAAACCCACAGCAGUCGAAACUGGAUCGAGUGCAGCGUCAAACGCGAGAAAACGUCAUCGCGGUGGCCCAUGAUUCCCUACAAACCAAUUUCAUAACCGUUCAUGUAUAUUACCUACAACCAUAUAUGCAGGUCAC